AAUAUAAUAGAUCAAUGCUCAGGAUCGCGCUUCUUAAGAACCGUUUUAUUCCUCGAUUACCUCCCAUAUGACAAGGACAAACAAUUAAACUGAGCUGACCAAACACAUUGAAAUAUGGCAGGAAUUGUAAGAAAGAUAAUAAAGACAGUAAAGGCUCCAGCUGCUAUUGGACCAUACAGUCAGGCUGUGCUGGUUGAAAAUACUAUGUAUCUCUCUGGGCAAAUAGGAAUGGAUCCUUCUACUGGUAACCUUGUAUCUGGUGGAGUUGUGCCAGAGACAGAACAGGCGCUUAGAAAUAUGGGAGCUGUGUUAGGAGCCGCUGGAGCUGAUUUUAAUAACAUUGUCAAGGCAACAGUUCUAUUACAGAAUAUGAAUGAUUUUGCAGCAGUCAAUGAUGUUUAUGUGAAAUAUUUCCCAAAGAAUUAUCCAGCUAGAGCAGCGUACCAGGUGGCAGCUUUACCAAAGGGAGCACAAGUAGAGAUUGAAGCAGUAGCCAUUCUAGGAGAAAUUACUGAUGUUGAACAUUCAGAAAGUUGAGGAAUAAAACAAAUAUAUUUAUACAAAAAAAAAUAUUUUUAAUUUUAUUGAAUGAAAAAUGCAAAUCAUAAAAUAUCAUUCCAAACUGAAUAUUGGAAUUACAUAGACAAAAUAAUUAUUUUUAAAUGCUUUUGAACAUAGUUUGGUCUUUACAUUAUUAAAAUGUCAUAGGUUAUGUAUCUGUCAAUUUAAAAUAUAUAUUUCAUAAAUGGACAGGCAGACAAGAAUUGAACAAAAAGGUAAUGUGAUCUCCCUUCAUAGAUAAUUUAUCUGUAAUAUUUCAUAAAUGGAUAAGUUAGAAAAUAAUUGAGUAAAAAUGUAAUGAAGUGAUCUCCCUACAGUGAUCAGCAAAACUGAUUUCAGGUUUACCUAAUGUACCUAAUGUGUUCAGUAUUAGGAAAGGGAGGCUGACAAAGUGAGAAAUAAAAGCCUGCAUUGCUGGUAAAUAGAUUGAUCGUUUCAAUCACAAGUUACAAAUGUUCAUGAUAGAUAUAUAUAGUUAAGAUGAAAUGAUGUUUUCAGAUAUGGGACUAUGUUACAUUUUAUAUCAGAUCUUUAUUGUGUUUAAUGUAAAAACUACAGAAUGAUGUAACAAUAUCAGGAUUAAUGAAUACCUAUUUUGAUGAUUUUGUAUAAAAUAAAUAUUUUUUUAAUAUA